CGUACGUCCAGCCUUCGAUUUGUGCGGAGCGGAUGGAAAUGUAAAAAAGCUGCUCCGAGUGCCGCGCGUCUUCAGUUGCGAAACACAUACGAGCUUCGCGUCCGUCCGCCCGCCAGGCAGCCUCGCCUCGUCUUGUCCGUCUUCUGAAGGCUUCGCUCUCGGUGCCGGAGCAGACAGUAGGCUGGUGGUCACUGGUUGGGGGAGGAGGAGGGAGUCGAUUGUUUUUGACACGCUGGACGCGGAGCAGGAGCCUCGGGGUAGCAGCAGAAGCAGCGGCAGCAGCAGCAGCAGCAGAGGCAGCGGGGCCCUGCAGCAGCCGCAGCAGCAGCAAGCGGACGCCGCCGUGUUCCUGCUUUGCGGCUUCAACGCCAUGGAACCCGCCUUCGGCGAGGUCAACCAACUGGGCGGCGUGUUCGUCAACGGCCGGCCGCUGCCCAACGCCAUCCGGCUGCGCAUCGUGGAGCUGGCGCAGCUUGGCAUUCGGCCGUGCGACAUCAGUCGCCAGCUGCGCGUCUCCCACGGCUGCGUCAGCAAGAUCCUGGCGCGCUACAACGAGACCGGCUCCAUCCUGCCCGGCGCCAUCGGCGGCAGCAAGCCGCGCGUCACCACGCCUACCGUGGUCAAGCACAUACGGACGUACAAGCAGCGAGACCCGGGCAUUUUCGCCUGGGAGAUCCGCGACCGACUGCUCGCCGACGGCGUGUGCGACAAGUUCAAUCUGCCGUCCGUCAGUUCCAUCAGCCGUAUCCUGCGCAACAAGAUCGGCAACCUGGGCCAGCAGGGCCCCUACGAGUCCGCCAAACAGCCGCCGCAGACGCACUCGCACCCGCCGCCGCAGCCCGCCGCGCUGUCCUACAACCACCUGUACUCGUACCCCAGCUCCAAAGUGGCCACGCCGCCCGGCAUGCCCGCGCUCCCCGGACACAUGGCCAUGCACCGGAUAUGGCCCUCGUCGCACUCGGUCACGGACAUUCUGGGGAUCCGAUCCAUUACCGAGCAACAAAACGCCGAGUGGCUUGCCCACAGCGAGCAGCUAUGUCACAGCACCCAGCAUCCUGGCCUCCCGACGGCCCACCACCCGAGCGUCAGCCUCCACGGCGUACAGCGGCAUCACGUCGGCCUCUGUGACCGUUCGCAUAUGGCGGCCGCCGCUGCCGCCGCCGCUGCCGGCCAGUGGCAGCUGUGACAGCGGCCCACCGGACCCGCCUGAACGCGACACCGUCCACCCGGCGGCCAAGACAUUCGCUGACAAUUUUUCUUAAAUGAAGGACUACAGGAUUUUAUUUUUGCUCUUUUUGACUCAUUGAACUUUCGACAUGGACGCGAACGCAUCACGGAAUACUCCGACGCAGGUGGACCAAACGCUGCAUUCAACGCGCAUGCGUAGAACUUCAUUCAACGCUACAAAUGGAAAAGGGGGAAAUUUUGCAUUCAGGGUGCUUCUUAGUUGUAUUUUCUACUUUUAUAUGAUUAUUUUAUAGUACGGCAGUGAUUCUAAAACUUUCAAACAAGGCACGUAUUAUGCAGUAAAAAAAAAAGGAAAUUUGAUUUUUUUCCCCCUCCACACCACACCAAUUGGCCGCAUUGGGAAUCAAAGUAACAGAGCAUGUUUUCCCCCACUUGGAAGAAGAAGGAAAAAAAAAAGGAAAAUCUAGUGCCCCUUUGUGUUUGUUAUUAUUUAUUAGAUUAAAGGUACGUUAGAAUCAAGUGCAAUUAGCCAUAAUAUCUUACAAUUGGCGUUUGUACGUAACGUUGUUGCCAGACUUCUCAGUGGUGACAAUUGACACAUGAUGUUGCACAAUGAAAUUGAAUGUAUCUUAUUAAAUUGUUUGGCUGUUACAGACCUUGGAAA